AAGAUGGGUCCCGGCCCGACCCACUUAAUAAUCACCGCCUUCACCGGACAGCCUAUAAAUAUAUGAUUUCCGCCUCCACUUUUCCUCCAAAUUUCGCUCCGCUAAUUUCGGAAUUGUUCGCGUAAUUCUCAGGCUAUUCCGUAAACCCUGUUUUCGCUCGUUGCUCUGUUUCUUCGGAUUGUACCAAUCUGAACUUGCUGUAGAAGGAUUCUGAUCAGUUUACUGCAGAGCUGUACAAGCAUCUCAGGUUCGCUAUUCGAGUUCUUUAGCUUUUAGAGUUUGCAAUUCCACCGAUGGGAUCGGAAGCAAUGGAUGCGAGUAUUGGGCCACAUUCCAACUGCAAGUUUUCAACUUUAGGGUUUAAUGUUGGGUUGUGCAUAUUUUGGGUAUUCUUUGAUUGGAUUGAUAAGAUGAUCCAGACCGCUACGGAAAAUCGGAAUUGUUUAGGGUUGUACAAAAGAUCAGAAAUUUGGGGAAACAAUUGUCAUAUUUGCCAAUCUUCUACAUUGAAAAUUAUUUGCUAUGGCUGUGAAAACAGUUGUGAAAACAGUACACACUGUUUCAAAAAGACCAGAGGCAUCAGUUUUUAACCGACUCAGAGUAGGUGGCCGUGUAUACAACAAGGUGUGUAUAUAUUGGCUUCAAGGGAGAUGCAAUAGGAAUCCCUGUCAGUUUCGGCAUUCAGAAUCAUCAUUGCAGCAACCGAGGCAGACCCUUUCAACCAUAUAUGAUGAUGAUAGGCAUUCUGUUCGACCCGAAACUUCUCAGAGGAACUCAAGCUACAUGAGCCCAAAGACUGGAACUAAUUUGACAAAUGGAAUUGUUGAUUCUGGAAGCAAAACAGGACCAGGGACCAAAAAAACAGUUUCAAUUUCCAGAGGAUCUGGAUCUAAGGGCAAAGUUACUCAGAAGCCUCAAAUAAAGCUAUGCCAGUACUGGGUUACUAACCAUUGUGUUCAUGGAGACAAGUGUAAGGACUUGCAUGCAUGGUCAUUUGGUGAUGGGUUUUCGUUGUUGGCAAAGUUAGAAGGUCAUACCAAGGCCAUUACUGGAAUUGCUCUUCCCUCUGGUUCCAACCAGCUCUUUUCAAGUAGCAAUGACAAAUCUGUACGGGUUUGGGACUGCCACAGUGGUCAGUGUGCUUCUGUAAUUAAGUUUGACAAAGAAGUAGGAUGCUUAGUUGGUGAAGGUCCAUGGGUAUUUGUGGGAUUGCCCGAUGUUGUUAAGGUCUGGAACGUUCACACCCAAAUAGAGUUUAACCUUAAUGGACCAACUGGGCAAGUUUAUGCAAUGACUGUCGGCAAUGAUAAACUUUUUGCUGGGACAGAGAAUGGUACCAUAUUGGCAUGGAAGUUCACUUCUGAAAUAAAUAGUCCAGAGCUUGUUUCGUCAUUGGAGGGUCACAACCAGGCUGUGCUUUCACUUGUUGUCGGUGCUAAUAGGCUGUACUCAGGUUCCAUGGAUAAUACGAUCAGAAUGUGGGAUCUGGAAAGUUUGCAGUGCUUACAGACACUAAAUGGUCAUGCUGAUGUUGUCAUGUCUGUCCUUUGCUGGGACAACUUCUUGUUAUCUGGUUCCUUGGACAACACUAUAAAGGUGUGGGCUGCAACUGAAAAUGGGAGCUUAGAAGUAUUUUAUGAACAUAAAGAGGAAACUGGUGUACUAGCUCUUUGUGGGAUAUGUGAUGCUGAAGCUAAACCGAUAUUGCUUUGCUCCUGCAAUGACAAUACUAUCCGCUUAUAUGACCUGCCAUCGUUUUCCGAAAGGGGCAGACUAUUCGCGAAGAGGGAAGUUCGAUCAGUUGAAAUAGGGGUUGGAGGACUGUUCUUUACCGGUGAUGCAACUGGAGAAGUUUCUGUUUGGAAAUUGCAGGGAGAAGCCAUUGGCAUGGCUCCUCAAGUAAGUUGAUGCAACUGGAAACACGAUUUCUUGGUCAGACAGACCGAAUGCUAUUGCACAAAGUUCAGCUGACAUCUAGUUUAGCCUAACUAUCAGAGGAAGAAAGGCUGUGGAAUAUUUUUUAAGGGACAGAGAGCCAACAGCCAGACUGCAUUUUCUUCUCUGGCAAUUUUGUAUUCUUGUGUAAAGAAAUGAUAUCCUCAUGCCUUACCACUAUGGCAAGUCUGGGUUACAACUUACAAGUUGUAAAUUGUAAACAGCUUAUUUCAAAGUUGUAGUCUAGAGAUUUUCAAAAAAAGAAGAAGUUGUAGUCUAGAUGAUAUAUUGUAUAGAUUUGAAUUGAUCAUUUGUUUUUUACAAUAUGCUUCUCCUAAUAAGAGGUUAAGUUUUGAUUACUUA